AUGGAACCACUCACAACACCGGAUCCGGACCAGUUCUCCAAGGCCCUGGGGCUGUCCUACAUUGGAUCGAACAUGACCGGAAAAAUCUGGUUGUUUGCGGAAGAGGGAUCCACUUUUGAUAUUGAUUGUGAUUCGGAACUAAUCCUACAUGGGCGUCUCAAGUCCCACCGCAUUGCUAGGCCGCUGGCCAUUUCGGCCGUGUAUGCCAAUUGCACAAGAUCCGAAAGACACCUCUUGUGGGAUAAGAUGAGAGAGAUUGCUGGGCCCCUCGAAGGAUCACCAUGGAUUAUCGGUGGCGACUUCAACACCAUCCUAUCACACCGAGAUAGGGUUGGGAGCGACACCAACCGGCAAGCCGAGAUGGUCGACUUCGCGGAGGCAAUUGAAGACUUUAGGCUCCUUGAUCCGGGGUUCGAUGGGGCGGAAUUCACAUGGGCCAAAAAUGGCCUCUUUGAAAGAUUGGAUAGAGUGCUUGUUAGUGAGGGUUGGGCUAGGGCCUUCGAAGCUACUCGGGUUACGAACCUCCCUCGGGUUGCUUCGGACCACGGGCCAGUCCUUGUAAGAUGUAAGACGCUGAACACUACCAUCGGAGGCAAGGCAUUCCGAUUCCAGAACAUGUGGAUCCGACAUGGGGGGUUCAUGGCUGUAGUGCAAAAUGCAUAG